AUGGCUGUGCGCAGCGCCAACACCUUGACGCCCUUCUCCAUCCAGGCGAUUCUUAACAAGAAAGAAGAGCGCGGCGGGCUGGCUGCGCCCGAGGGGCGCCCGGCACCCGGGGGCACAGAAGUGGCGGUGGCUGCGGCGCCCGCCGUCUGCUGCUGGCGGCUCUUUGGGGAGUCCGACGCGGGUGCACUGGGGGGCGCCGAGGACUCUCGGCUGGAGUCUCCCACCCGAACCAGAACAGCUGUGGGACAGACCGCGGAAAGCCCGGGAGGUUGGGACUCGGAUUCAGCUCUGAGUGAAGAGAACGAGGGCAGAAGGCGCUGCGCGGACGUCCCGGGAGCCAGCGGAGCCGGUUGCACCAGGGUGACCCUGGGCCUGGACCAGCAGAUCUGCGAGAUGCACGCUGCCAAGGACUUGGAGGAGGAAACCCCGGUCCGCAGCGACAGCGAGAUGUCAGCCAGCGUCUCAGGCGACCACAGCCCAAGAGCUGAGGACGGUGGUGUUAGUCCCGGAGGUGUACGCGUGCCUGGGUUGUGCAGCGCUGCCGGCGGCGGGGCUAGCGGCGGGCAGGCGGGCGGCGUGGAAGAGGAGGAAGAGCCCGCAGCCCCUAAACCUCGAAAGAAGCGCUCUAGGGCAGCCUUCUCUCACGCCCAGGUCUUCGAGUUGGAACGCCGUUUUAACCAUCAGCGCUACCUGUCCGGGCCGGAGCGCGCAGACCUGGCAGCUUCCCUUAAGCUCACCGAGACGCAGGUCAAAAUCUGGUUUCAGAAUCGUCGCUACAAGACCAAACGCAGGCAGAUGGCCGCAGACCUACUCGCCUCGGCGCCCGCCGCCAAGAAAGUGGCGGUAAAGGUGUUAGUGCGUGACGAUCAAAGACAGUAUCUGCCGGGAGAGGUGUUGAGGCCCCCCUCUCUUCUGCCACUGCAGCCGUCCUACUACUACCCUUACUACUGCCUCCCGGGCUGGGCGCUGUCCACAUGCGCGGCCGCUGCUGGUACCCAGUGA